AUUUGAUGAUAGUAGGUUGAAUUGAAAAUAUUAUUUUGAACGUUUAUUGAAACACAAAGAACAGAGGGUGUUCAAUCAGAAUGAAUAGGAGGUAUGGACAAUGUGAAGAAGGACAGAAGGCAGACCAUAAAAAACUACAUAAUAAGAGACAUGUUUUGAAAUCUGAAUGUAAGGUAAAUGCGCAAUAAUAUUGUUAGCAUACCUGAUAAAUUUGAAUAUUCUACAGAGUAGGUUUAUUAGAAGACCUUAUAAUGCAUCUUAUGGUUAUUUAUGCGAUGGGAGUAUUAAUUGCAAAAUUGUGGUUGAAAGUGAAUUUGAAUGUAAAAGUGAAGAUGAGUUAUAUUUAGGAACAGAAGAAGGCAGGGGAGAAGACUAAUGUAAAUGGAAGAAUUUGAUUUAAGUUGAACAAGAAGGAGAGUAGUUAAAACGAAAUUAUAUGCAAGUUUAGAUGGGGAAAGAAACCUUUGGGUUUUCGUAGGAGUUGAGGAGAUUGUUUGAUUCUAGGAUCAUUGUUAACCCUGAAAAGUUAUUGUGA